CCAUCCCUAAAAGAAAUCUUCAAGAUUUUGUUUACCCGGAAAAUGCAAUAGAAUUCAAGAUAUAAUGGCCAACGCAGUGAUGGUGCUAGACAACGGGGCACACACCGCCAAGGUGGGUCUAGCCAACCAGGAUGAGCCUCAGGUGGUGCCAAACUGUAUAAUGAAGGCGAAGAGCGAGCGAAGGCGGGCGUUUGUCGGCAACCAAAUCGACGAAUGCCGGGACACAUCUGCACUGUUUUACAUCCUGGCCUUUCAACGCGGAUACCUUCUCAACUGGGACACACAGAAGACCGUUUGGGACUAUAUAUUCAGCAAGGAAGGCGUCGGUUGUACCCUGGAAAACCGUCAAAUUGUGAUCACGGAGCCGCAGAUGAACUUCCAGGGCGUCCAGGAGGCGAUGCUAGAGAUGCUUUUUGAAGAGUACCGGGUGUCUGGAAUGUACAAGACUACAUCCGCCGAUCUGGCCGCCUUCAACUACGUGGCAGACAGCGAAGAUCGCACUACAAUGCAGUCCCUCAACUGCAUCAUUAUUGAUGUCGGCUACAGUUUCACGCACAUCGUUCCCUUCGUCCUGGGCCGGCGAGUCCUUGAAGGCAUCCGACGCAUCGAUAUGGGUGGCAAGGCUCUGACAAAUCACCUCAAAGAGCUGAUUUCCUACCGACAUCUGAACGUUAUGGACGAAAGCCAUGUUGUGAACCAAAUCAAGGAGGAUGUAUGCUUUGUGGCCGAGGACUUUAAAGAGGCAAUGCGUGUGCACACGAGCGAGGAAAAGAGGCGUGAGGUGUCCCUCGAUUAUGUGCUUCCGGACUUUACCACCGUUAAGAGGGGAUACGUGCGGAUACCGGGAAAGCCCCGCGACGACGAGGAGCAGCAGCAGAUGGUUCCCCUGUGCAAUGAGCGCUUCACUGUACCGGAACUCCUCUUCAAUCCCUCAGACAUAGGCGUCCCUCAGGUGGGCAUUCCGGAGGCGGUGGCGGAUUGCUUGAAGGCAUGUCCUUGGGAAGCGCAUCGAGAUCUGUUACUUAACAUCCUGAUUGUGGGCGGCAGCGCACAGUUUCCGGGCUUUCUGCCGCGCCUGAAACGCGACUUGCGCGCAUUGGUGCCCGACGAUCUGGAAGUUUCCUUGAUUUGCCCCGAAGAUCCCGUGCGAUAUGCCUGGUAUGGCGGCAAGGAAAUUGCCACCAGCCCGAACUUUGAUGACUUUGUUUACACGCGCGAAGACUAUGAAGAGUACGGCGUACACGGAAUCAAUCAGCGAUGAAAGAUAUGAAAGCGAUGUAAUCUUAAGUAUCUUAAACUAUUAAAACAGUAUCUCUUGUCUAGAA